AUGAAUAAUUUCUUAAAACUUCAAAGUUUAACGAGGAACGUUUAUUCGACAAUUCGUUUUUGUUCAAAUGAACCUGCAGGAAUUCCUUAUUAUGGAUUUACAUAUUACCCCAGGGAUAAAAAUUUUCAAGAUCCUCCAUAUAAUCCUUCAAAAUUAUUUCUAAUCAGAAGAAUAAAAUCCAUAAAGGGAGCAUCUAAGAGAGAAAAAAGAGUUUUGAGAGAAUUAAAUAUUGAUGGAAGCAAAUUCUUAAAAAAUCACAUUUCUGUAGUUAAAAAUAUACCACAAGUAAAUACAUUAUUAUGGGAGGUAAAACAUUUAGUUGAAAUAAAACCGAUAUAUUGGAAAGGUGAAUUACCUGAAGAUUGUUUAGGAACAAUUUUAAGAUCGACAGGAGAACUUGUUAUUUCGCCUAAAUUAGCAGUUUCUGAAGAAAUUAAAAAAAAUAGUUUAAAUCAUCAUGAUGCAAAAAUUGGUAGGAAAUAUAUGCAGCAAUAUUUGUUAUCAGAAUGGGUAAAAGGAAAUUAUAAGAAUGAAAGUUAA